AUGCAAACCAGGGGCCAUGUCCGGGCCUCGCAGCUAGCUCGAGGCCGGCCCCGGGCCCGCGAGCCCCUCGGGUGGGGGGCUGAGGGCCUCCGGGGCUCGGGGACCCCCCUCAACCAGGGCGCGGGGCCGGGGCCGGCGAGGGCGGGCCCCAGCAGGGCGAGCCGGGCGGGCCCGCCUCCCUCCCUCAGGCCGGCCGGCCCAGCUCCCAGACAGCCCCCAGCGGCGGGCCCGGGUCCGCGGCGGCCGGCGCAGCAGGUGCCUGCAACCGCGGACAGGUGCCCAGCCCCGCCCCCGUGUCCCAGCGCGGCCGCCGUCGCUCCGGAGUCCCGAGCGCCGGGUAGGGCGGACAAACGACGGGCCCGAGGACGCCCGCGACCCAGCUUUCAGGACUCCACGGAUCUCGGUACCUACCAGCGGCCUGACAGCGCACCGCAACCCAGUGCUUUCAGCGCAGCGCUCCCGACUGCUGAGCGCCGUCGCGGCCCCACAGCAUCUCCGGCCGCAGCGCCAGCCCAGCCCCUGCCCGCUCCCCGCCCCGCCCUGCUCUCAGCGCCGGGCGCCGCCCCCCGCCCCCCGCCCCACGCCCCUGGGCCCGGACGCUUCCGCCCAGCCUCCCGGCGCCAAGUGGCUCCCACACCUGUCCGUCAAGGACGUUCUUCCGGGGGCGCUGGGACGCCGGCACUCUGUCCCGCCAAUCAAACCUGCUCCCUCGGGUGGGGCAGCACUCGACCCUCCCCUUACGUAACAGCGCCGCAGCCAAGUGGAGACCCGCCCACUGGCUUGUGCGUGGCCGCCGCAGCCAUUCAGCAAGACUGUGACUUCGGGUUUUCCGCGCUGGGCCAGGGCGGGGCCGGAGACCCCGAGAGAGGGGGCUUGGGGGCGGGGCCGGCCGCGGACGGUCCGCAGGCCCUGGCGGUGCCGCGAGCCCGAGGCCGCCACGUCGGGCCGCCGGGUCCCCGGCCGGGAGCGGGCGAGGCGGGGGAGCUGUCGGGUCGGGAGAACGUGGAAGGAGGCUCUGUGUCCCGUCGGGAGACGCCCGUCUUCUCUGUCAGAGCGGAGGAGCUCGUGGAUACAGAGGCCCAGCCAAACGCCCAAGUCAUCCCUGGGCGGGAGCGCUGCCAGAGCAGCUUCUAA